UCUGACAGGCGUCACUCACUGGCCUUCAGCAUCCUGAACACCCCGAAGAAACUGGGGAACAGCCUCUUGCGCCGUGGGGCCAAUCGGAAGGUGACUCCCAAGAAUUCCCCUCGGAGCGGCAGCCGGAGGUCUCCACGGAACGCCGCGCCCUCGAAGGGCAAGGCCAACUCCAAAUCCCAGAAGGGGAAGUUCUAGCGGUCUUCUUCGCUCCGGCUGCCGGUUCAACCAUCUUCCCUCUGUGCCCGGAGGAAAGGGAGGAGGGGGCCGCUGCCCCUCGGCCGCUGCCAGCCCCUGCGUCCCCCUGCAGCCCCUCCCCCUGCCUCAAGCAGGCCUAGGAGCUUGGCCUUCUCGCCUCCCUCCCUUUCCCAGCCUGGGUGGAGCAGGGAGACCUCCCAUUCACAGGCUCUUGGGAGUGCAGGUGCCUUCCUUCUCCCCCUCUCCCUUCUUCCUUUUCCUCCUUUCUCCAUUCCCCCUUUCACCCUGUGCCCCACGCCUUUCCUUUCCUGCUUUUCUCCUUCCUUCCUUCCUUCCUUCCUUCCUUCCUUUCUUUCUUUUCUUUCUUUCC